AUGGCUGACUGUAUGAACGUGGACGUACCAGUGGUGGGUACACUGGGUACGAACGAGCUGGUUAAAGACAAGAACAUGUCAAUGCAAAUGGACGUUCGUUCACGAUCACAGGGCACCCUUUGCAAGUUCACGCAAGAGGUUCGCGUUGUCUCAGAGAGACCGCUACGCCGCCCACGUCGUCGCCGAUUACCGGGAGGUAUACGUGAAAGUCGGAAUAAUUACAGGCGGCACGGACGCAAAUCCUGCAAUACGGUAGUCAGUAGGCGGUAUGGCCUACCAACAGGCGCAUACAGGUAUACGCAAGCUCUUUGUCGGACGGAGGUGGAGUACGGGUUAUAUUGGCGCCACCUCCUGCACGGUUAAGCGAGCGACUAGGGCAGACUUACGCCUUACGCCUCUCUCUCUCCCUCUCUCUUUUCCCCUUUCUCCAGCUCUCUGACUAUUCGUAUCUCGUUCUCCCUCGUUGGUUCGUCCCUCGGCACCUCUCGCUCUCUCGAAUGCUCGCUUACUCCGGUCUGUUCCGUUCUGUUCUCUGCUCUUCUCU